AUGGCUGACCCAGCUUCUGAUGGCUGGCCUGCGGGCAAGGUCUUCGAAGCUGCACCACAAGGUUUCACGUAUGAUGACUUGGUGUUCAUGCCCCAGCCCUCCUCGUUUGAAGCCUCCGAUGUUGACUUGUCCAGCUACAUCACAAAGAACAUCAGGUUGAAGUCGCUCGCGCCACAGUUCCCAACUGCCAUUGUAUUGCCGAUAAUUGGCAGCCCUUCCGACACCGUUACAGAUUCCAACAUGGCCAUCGCUUUGGCCCUCUCUGGGGCCAUGGGCAUCAUUCAUGCAAAUCAGGACAUCCAGCGACAGGUUUCCAUGGUACAAGCUGUCAAGCGGUUCGUGAGCGGAUUUGUUCUGGAACCUGUGGUCAUGCGGCCUACGCAAACUCUGGCGGAAUUGGAUAAGCUGAAAGCAGCUACUGGAAUCACUACUGUGCCGAUAACAGACACCGGCGGGCUGGGUGGUGAGCUUCUGGGCAUCGUGACUGCGCGAGAUGCAGAUCUUUGCGCAGAUCGCCGCGAGUAUUUGUCAAGAGUGAUGACGGAAAGAGUUGUCACUGCAAGAGAGCCUCUUUCUUUUGAAGAAGCGCUCGACACGCUGAAGCGCGCGAAGGUUGGAAAGUUAUUGAUCUUGAACUCCGACGAUCAGCUGGUGUCGAUGGUGACACGCAGUGAUCUCAAGAAGGUCAGGGACUUUCCAGACAUGUCGCGAGACUUGAGCGGCAAGCUCCUGGUCGGUGCUGCAGUGCCAGCCUUGCCCGAUGGCUCCCAGGACUGGCCUCGAGCAAGCGCUUUGGCAGAGGCUGGUGCAAAUGUCCUCUACCUCUUUGGCGAUGGUGUGGAUGAGCAACUUGCACUGAUUAGACGGCUGAAGAUCGAUUACCCUUCUGUGGAUGUCCUCGCCGGACCAGCAACUUCAGUGCGAGAAGCAAGGAGAUUGGUGGAGGCAGGAGCCGAUGGCAUCGUUGCAGGCUCGGGCAACGACGCAGGAGCUGAUCCAAUGGCUGCACCUCUUGCAGUUGCAGUCGGACGAGGCGAAGCCAUUAUGGUGUAUGAGGUCGCUUACUACGUGACGCGAGGCAACUACAAGCUCCCCGUUGCAGCUGCUGGUGUUCGCAGUACAUCACAGGCGCUGGUGGCCAUGGGUCUUGGUGCGUCUGCCGUCGUGCUGCGAGAGCCAUUGGCAGGCACUGACGAAGCCCCAGGAGGCAAUAAGGCAUCGAUGCCGCUGCAUCACGCAAACAGCUUAGUGCAGAGCUGUGCAUCGAAGUACGCCUCAAGCCGUGCAUGGGAACGCCAGGAGCUCGUGCAAUGCACUAUUGCAACGCCUGUUUGCCACAAGGGCUCCGAGCUGGCAUUCCUGCUCUACUUCCUGUCCGGGCUUCGCAAUGGAUUUACUGAAAUUGGUUUCCGCAAUUUGGCAGAGCUCCACGAUGGCCUCGAAAAGGAGAUUCUCCGAAUGGAAUGCAGGCUCCCGUACAGUCUGCAGCUGCAAGAAGCGUGCGGCCGAGCU